ACACUUGGACCCGAGAUGAUGAAUGAGAAUAACACGGAUCUCGUAGUCCUCGCGACGUAUUGACUUCUCUCUCUUUCUCCCCUCCCUUCUCUCUCUCUCUCUCUCUCUCUCUCUCUCUUUCUCUCUCUGUCCUUUUUAAAUCUUGUACACGUCCAUUUCACUUCCUCAAAUGUCCUCCCCCUUCUUUACAGUUGCUGUGUUCUUUUCCUUGCUUCGACUGUCGUUCGGCCUUCCCUUCCAUCGCUUUCAUUGGCGCCUCGCCGAGCAUAUCACUCGACCGCAGACGUAUAGCUCAGUUUACCUCAAAAUCUUGAUCCGAGUAACAUGUUAGGGAAUCGGAAGAACUCGAAACCAUAUUUACUCGAUUCUUGUUGAUCUUUCUUACUCUGUUAGCUUAGAUAACCUAAAAUAAGAAGUAGAAGAAAUUAGAGGCUGUUUUCUUUUAUUGGCAAAGGAUGGAAGCACACGUUAGAAAUGUGAAUGACAGCAUCAACACUGCACCGACAGAAGCGUACAUGCCUACGUCAGAGACAUCCUUCACUGUCGAGGAAGAGGACGCGUUAGUGACGUUGAUAGUUGUUGUGUUCGGCAUCAUCGUUGCCAUGGUGGUGCUGUUCUCGAUGGGUAUCUUCAUAGAUUGCAGACACCAAGAGAAAGAUUCUAUGAAGAGAAAAAAACUGAGACUGAAAAUGUUGCCGUUUGCACGAAGAGGCCGGAAAGAUGACAUGAAAGCCUUAGCUUCAAAUAUAUAUCCCAAUGGUGUUACUGGGUCCAAGGAGACGGAUGAUGUAGUUUGAUAUAAUAAAAAUUAUUGGAAAUUCGUAAGAA